AUGCGUUCCAUCCCUUUACUUGGCCUUGUCCUUGUGCAUGUGCUGCCUGCGCUUGCCGAUGUCUCUCGUGGACAAGAGAGCUGUACCUGCGGCUUCUACGACGGCCAAACUAAGGAGCUCUUCACCGACUCUAUCAUUGUUUACUUCAACGAAACGACAGACAUCCCAGCCGAUUUCGUUGCAGAGGAAUUUCAGCAGAGAUAUGGCAAAGACUGGAAUGCCGUCUACCGAGAAGGCGCGUCUCCGGCCAAUGUCAGAAUCAAUCAAAGUGUGGCCCUCGAUCUUGUUGUGCAGCCGUCAACAGCAGACCAUAUUGUCACAGGUGCUAGUCUUCGAACCGCAAGACGUGACAUCCAGCAUGGCUCCUUUCGCACAUUGAUCAAGUCGCCAAGCAGAAGAGCUCUCGGCACCGCAGCUUCUAUGAUGUGGAAAUACAACGAGACUCAGAUGACAGAACUCAGUGUUAUGAACACCAAUUAUCAUGCCAACCCCUGGGUUGGCACCUUUGUUAACAACGAGUUCACGACUCGUAAUCUCGGCAUGAACUUCAGCCAGUUACUGAAUGAUACGGCUGCCAACCGCAACUACACCACUCUCGGUGGUGGAAUGGCUAACGGCAGCAUUAACCCAUGGGAAUUCACCGAGUACAGAAUCGACUGGACUGUAGACUACAUCAAUUUCUACAUUGGGGGCAAUCUCACAAGACAGGUCCUUCAAAAGAAGAACAAGAAAAUGCCAUCGGUUCCCUCCGCCUUGUACUUCAAGCACUGGUCGACGGGUAACCGUUACUCAAUGCGUGGUCCCCCAACCGAGUAUGCGUCUGUUGCAGAAGUUGGCUGGAUUCGUAUGUUCUUCAAUUCAUCUUCGAUGACCGACGACUCUCGCCAAGACUUUGCCGUCCGUUGCCCGUUGACUGCCGCAUGCUCAAUGGACGAUAUUUCAUUGCGUGGUUCAACCCCUUUUACCGAGAUCGCGACCAAGAAAUGGAAGCAAAACGCUGAUAGGGACAUCAAGCGCAUGCCGGCUCUCUGGCUCUCGGUAACUUGCAUCAUCUUCUCGACUGUUCUGAUUAUCCACGCCCUUGUCAAACGUCUUGUACCCAAGUUCAACAGCGAUCUUCCCAAGGAGACUCCAGCUCCAGUAACCAUGCCGGGUGAAGAUGAGAAGAACAGCUUUGGCGCUAGCGCAUACACUGUGGCCUCGAAUGACAUAUUCGCCGAUCGCCCCUCUGGUGACAUCCGGAGCUCUGAUGACAAGACGUCAUCAAAUUCCCAGAAGCGCAACUCGAUAGAUGAUCUCGCCAUUGAGAGGAUUGAAGCAGUGCCCGCUCCAUCAACAUUGGGAGAUUCAACUCCAAAGGAUCCACUCUGUUCGCUUGUUGUUACUGUCAUGCAUUUUGGUUUGACUUUUGUUCCUGCAAUUGUCACGCCCAGUGCUGACGCACAUAACGCAUCUGAACCCUGGGCACAGCGCAUCGUCGGUCCCUUCCUGCUCAAUCAAAUGUGGCUUGGUGUCUUCUUCACAACCUCCGUCCGUUUCUUGACUGCACCAUAUCUGCGAAAAGGCCGGAUGGAUGAAAUCUGCAAGGCUACCGUACGUCGUACUCCCCGUCUUAUGAUACCAGUAGCCAGUAUGGCGCUAUUGGAGUACUUUUUCAUCGACAUCGGGGCAACGCGCUUCCUCCAAUACAUCCCCAGUUUAACGUGGUCUACAUGGCCGUACGUAACGCGAUACAACAACUUUGCCCAGUACAUCUCUGAGAUCCUGGAACUCAUGUUCCUUGUACCCAACGCCGUUCCCCAAAUCACACUGCACUACUGCACCGGUGUGCUUUGGACCAUCGCUGUCCAACUUCAAGGCUCUUGGCUCGUUCUCCUCGGCGCUGUCGUCGUCUACGAAAUAAAGACGCCAUGGAAGCGCAUGGCAUACUAUUCCUUCUGCCUGAUAAACCACUGGUAUGCGCAAUCCUGGGGCACAUACCUAUGGAUUGGUCUUAUCCUCACCGACCUUGAUGUAACAUUCAAGUGGAAGGCGUUUCUGAACAGCAAACCGGCGGCAUACUAUCCUGUCAUUACUUUUUUUUGGACCUGCGUUGGCCUAGGGUUUCUUGCUAACGUACUGCCUACUUGGGGAGCCACGACUUUCAAUUUCAGCACUGGCGAACGAGGCAUCCACCCAGAUGCGUCAUCGGGCGAGGCCAUCAUGAACACAGACUUGGCUGGUUAUCCACCGUACUAUACGCCGCGUCUAAACGGCCUGCUGUUUGCGGGUGGCAUGCAAGCUGUAGUCGAGCUCUCCUCUGCAGUCCAAUGGUUUCUCUCUACGCCGCCUUUUCUCAUCCUCUUCCCACACGUCUUCACAAUCUACCUCAUCCACGGUCUUGUCUUCUGGAGCUACGGCUCUUGGCUCUUGAUUGUUCUCGCCGAGCGCGGGAUUCCAUAUGGCAUUAACAUCGCAGUCGUAGGUGUGACCUCCUACGCGGUCAUGUUCGCAUCUCUCCCCAUCGUUACGCCCGUCAUCGAGGCGCUUGGAAAGGAUAUGACGGCACUAGUGUGGAUGACGGCUACAAACAAGUCGCCGCCCCGCAGGCCAACACUCUACCCCUUCGAGGGCGACCUAUUCACCGGCCGCGCAGCAAAUGCCAAGUCUGACGCUGAUGGCCUUCCGAACACAGAUGUAGAGAACGGGCUUGGAGUGCGUAGUUCGAUGAAUAACAGUGACGAUGGAAAUAAUAGGGACAGCAAGGGUAAGGCAACGGCUAACGUGUCUGAGCACGAGAUGCAUGCGUAUUCCACCGAUGAGAAUACAAAGGACGACAGAAACAGAGUUAGUCGGUUCUCAAUAUAUACGGAGUGA